AUGAGUUAUCCCAUCCCGACGCGACGACAAGAUGUCGACAUUGCUAUUAUAUGUGCACUACCCCUUGAGCACAACGCGAUUGCAUUGUUGUUUGAUGAAUUUUGUGAUGACGAUCGCAACAAUUUCGGAAAGGCCGCUGGGGAUCCAAACUACUACCUCACCGGGCGCAUCGGGCAGCACUACGUUGUGCUGACCGUCAUGUCCAAUAUUGGCAAGUCUCAUGCAGCCAGCGCGGCGGCAAGCCUGCGCUCAAGCUACAGCAAUAUCCGCCUCGCUUUACUAGUGGGAGUGUGUGGUGUGGCACCCCAAACAUGCGACGGCGAAGAUAUCUUCCUUGGAGACGUGGUUGUGAGCAAGACAGUUGUCCAGUAUGAUCUUGGCCGUCGUUAUCCUCACAAGUUCAUCCCUAGGGAUACAAUCGAUGAAAUUCUUGGAAGGCCUAACAAGGCGAUUCGUAAUCUUUUGGUCGCCUUGGAGACGGAUACUGGGCGAACACAGCUGCGGCAGAAGUCUGCUAGCUUUCUCGCGCAGCUCCAACAAAAGUCUGGCAUGAAAAAGAAAUAUGGCUACCCAGGUUUAAUGGAAGAUAAGCUGUUUCCUGCCAACUACAUUCACAAGCAUUACGGAUCACCAACCUGUUCCUGCAAGGGUGAUGCUGGCACAGAAAGCACAUGCAGCGAAGCGCUGACCGCGCCCUGCUACCUCACAGGCUGCGAUGAGCAUUAUCUUUUGCGGAGGCCACUACCCGAGAAUGGCAGUGAAGGCAAGAAAGAGCCUGACAUCUACUUUGGAUGUAUUGCCUCAGGGGACACUGUCAUCAAGUCUGCAGAGGCCCGGGAAAUAAUCACACAACAACAAAACGCCAUUGCCUUUGAGAUGGAAGGCGCGGGUGUCUGGGAUGAACUGCCAUGCGUCAUCAUCAAAGGCGCGUGUGAUUAUGCAGACUCACACAAAAAUAAGAAAUGGCAAAAUUAUGCUGCUGCUACAGCAGCCUCAGUAUCUAAAGCUCUCCUGGAGUGUUACACCAAGGAUGACCAUGAAAUAUAUGCAUUUACUGGUCAGUGGUGA